CAUCACACUAAGUAACGCCCACUCUGAUGACCGGGAAAGUCACUUCAAACCGAGAAACACGCUGCCUUCACAUAGACUAUUCAGAAGACGUUCGCGCAUGGAGAGGGGAGCUGAGUAGAGCCUACCUCAGACUGUUUUUUUUUAAAGCCCUCUCAAGUACUAAGACAGGUUGCGUCAGUUAUAAACUUUCCAUGAUUGAGUCCGGUAUUUCUCCGUGUCAUUUAAAUCUAAGCUGACACACUAAUCAAGCCUUGUCUUGGAAACUGCUGAGUGCGCUCACUGGAUGCUUUGGGCGAACAGGUGGCGCAAGCUCCGAUUUCCCUAAUUUGUUAUUAGGGGCGAGUACGCAGACAGAACGAACUUUACGCACUGUACCGGACGCUGUAAGCAUUGAAUACCUGCCUUAGAGGUAGGAGAGAGACGAGCGUGCGUAAUUUUCUCCCUUGUUAAAAGGAGGCGUUUGACAAGGGAGCUGUGAUGCCAGUUGCUGACAGCGACAUGGUAGUGGACAACAGCCACGCGUUAUAUGAGGGUAAAACCCCAAACAGUGCCGGGAAUGAGAGCAUCCUCCCGGCUUCACUAUGCAGUCCUGCGGCAGACAUCCUGAAGAACUUUUACCACACCAAACGGGUCGGGAACUAUCUGAUUGGGAGGAAGCUGGGAGAAGGAUCGUUCGCCAAAGUUAGAGAAGGUCUCCAUGCGAUGACCGGGGAGAAGGUGGCGGUGAAGGUGAUUGACAAGCGCAAGGCCAAGAAGGACUCGUAUGUGACCAAGAACCUGCGGAGGGAGGGCCACAUCCAGCAGAUGAUCCGCCACCCUAACAUCACGCAGCUGCUGGACAUCCUUGAGACGGAGAACAGUUACUACCUAGUGAUGGAGCUGUGUCCUGGCGGGAACCUCAUGAAUCGCAUCUAUGACAAGAAACGCCUGGACGAGAGAGAGACUCAGAAAUACAUUCGUCAGUUGGUGCUGGCUGUGGAGCACCUGCACAGGGCGGGUGUGGUGCACAGGGAUCUGAAGAUAGAAAACCUCCUGUUGGAUGAGCAGGACAACAUAAAGCUCAUAGAUUUUGGACUCAGUAACUGCGCUGGCAUCUUGGGAUACUCAGAUCCAUUCAGCACCCAAUGUGGGAGUCCGGCCUAUGCUGCCCCGGAGCUACUCUCCAGGAAGAAAUAUGGGCCGAAGGUGGAUGUCUGGUCCAUUGGGGUGAACAUGUAUGCGAUGUUGACUGGGACUCUUCCGUUCACUGUGGAGCCCUUCAGUCUCCGAGCCCUGCACCAGAAGAUGGUGGACAAGGAGAUGAACCCUCUACCUCCCUCGCUCUCUACAGCUGCCAUCUGUCUUCUGAAGAAGCUUCUUGAGCCUGAUCCCAACAAGCGCCCCAAUAUUCAUCAGGUGAUGGCUGACUCUUGGCUACAGCUGGCCAACAAGAACACAGGGGCACCGUACCUCAACAGGAUCCACAUUGAGGAAAUAAACCACACGGUAUUGCUGCAUAUGACAGAGAAGAUGGACUACAAGCACAGUGAGGUGCUGAGUGCCGUCCUCACCAACCGCGCCUGCCACACUUUGGCUGUGUACUUCCUCCUCAACAAGAAAAUGAAGAGGCUCUCUAAAGAAUACAGGGAGAUGCAGUUCCAGGAGAAAAAGAAAGGAGAAAAACAGAAGAAUGAAUACUUCCAGACCCAGUGGAGGAAGCACGUCGACAAGCUCACCAUACCCCCCAAACAGACGCCCGUCUAUCUGGCUGUUAGCAAGGGGCCCAGCAAGGAGAAGAAACACAGGACAGGUCUAUUGCGUGCCAUAACUGGAGGCCAUCGUAACUCACCUCUGGCACCACCCGGCACUGUCGCCUCUUCCUCUAUGGAAUAUCUUGAGAUUCAUCCUCUCUUCCCCAACACUCCACAGCAACGGAGGCGCCUGGCCACCCUCCCGCAAGUCAAUACGAGCCCGGAACACAACAUUCCUGCUCCACCAGCGCCAUCGCCGAUCGGCAUGCAUUCCUUCGGCUCCCUCUCCAAAGCUGAGCAAAUUGAAGACACUCCGGCUUCACCGUGGUACAAGCUGACCAACGGGACUUUGUCCCCGCCCCGCCAUGUCUCUGCCUUCCAGCCCGACUCCUCAUACUUGAAGAAGGCCACAAUCCCCAGUCCUCCCGUCCUCAUUGUCAACCCGCAGCCGAAGAAGAGCAUUUCCUCAGAUUGGUGUGGUUCUUCUGACACCAGUGGCAGCCCCCCCAGCACUGUUGGAAGCCCCCCAGGCAGCUCAGCUUUCAGCCCCCCGAAGUCCGCCUUCAGUCCCCUCAACCCCACCUCAGCAUUCAGUCCUCCUUCCAACAGCAGCAGCAGUGAUCCCGACAGUCCGACGCACCGCAGCAAGUUCCCCUCAAUGGGAAUCGGACAGAUCCUGAAAAAGAAGGUCCAGCUGCAGCCGUUUACCUUCCGACCAGAACAGGUCGUCGAAGAAGUGGUGUCCCCACCUCCCUACCCCAUGCAGACUCUCCUCUGUGCUUCAGGUGCACUCAAGACCCUCUGCUGAGGGACACAAGACAAAAGCAAACGAAAGAAAGACAGACUGAACUCAAGGCCCCUCUCAACAUUUUAUUUAAGUUGGAGAGGUCUUCCGGAGCGGCCUUUUGAACUGUGAACUGUCCCUUUAUUGCGACUGAGCCACUUUUCAUGACGGACUUGAUCAUUAAAAAAAAAAAAGAAAAGAAAAAAGAAACAAAAGGGGGUUUGAGUGAAAGUAUAAAAUCUCUUGUUAGCGCUCUCAUUAUAUAAUCAGAGAUGGUGACACAGAGAAGAUGAGAUUUGAAACGGAUCCCUGAGCAAUGACUAAACCUCGCUGUGUCCUAGAUACAGAGUGGACAUGGGACAUCAUGUAAUAUGGGCCUUGUCAAGAAGUUGUACACGUACACGCACAUGCAUACACACAAAACACUGUAUUAUAUACUGAGUUUAAGAGAUACUCUCUUAUGUAAUAUUGCUGUAACUGGUUACUAAUUGAGCCGCAGACUGAUUCACACCAGCUAACAGACCCCAACUCUUACCCUAACCCUGAUUACACGUAUAAAUGUUUUGUCUCUGUGAAAACUCUCUAAAUGACUUCCAGCCAGCUGGCACUGUAUCCUCAGUGCUGAUUGGCCGAAGAAGCUCACUGCACUAUUCUUGAAAACCAAAACCUGUAGUAACAAUGGUGUUUACCAUCUUUUACCUCACUGCAUUACUCAUACAUUAAUGUAUAACAGCAGUCGAUUGUGACGUGCUUGUGUGGACUUUGCCACAGUGUUGCAGUGUCUGAGUGCUAGUGCCAUUAGAAUCAACACGAUGAAAUAGGAGUAGGUACCAAGAGUAGAGUCAUACUCACCUUUUAUAGAUUCAUAUAAACUGUCACUCAACACUGAUAAUAACUCACAGCUAUAACUUUUUAUAUCCAAGUGUUACAUCACCUCUAUAACCCACAGGGAAACUCAAACUGUAGAAGUCUUUGUUAUGACUUCCUUCCACAGCAGGAUACGUCUGUUCAUAGUCAGUUUUGAAAAAAAAAAAAAAAAGAAAAGAUGAAAAAAUAAAGCAUCAAAAGCCUUAUGAAACUGAUCAACCUCGCCAAAGGCUGAGGGAAAGAAGGGUGGGAAGAACUGCUAGGAUCACGUAACAUCCACGAAAAUAAUUCACUUCCUUUUGUCUUAACGCUGUAGUUUGUGCAAUAGUCUUAAGUGUUAACUGCAAUGACGAGUAUUUGCCAAGAGCUCUCUGAGAGUGAUGUGAAAAUUGUGCUUGUAAAUAACAGUACGACUCCUGUGUUCCUGUCACUUUUGCCGUGCGUACAAAGGGAUUCUAAAAUGUUUAUCGACAUUUUUCACACCUUACUAUCUUCGCUUGAACUGUUUGACUCGAACGAAAAAGGCUUCCACGGGGCACAUAAGGCUUCUCACUGUUAAAAUAGAAUCCUCCUCUUGUCAAAAUGAAAAGUUGCAUGCAAUGUUUCACGAGUCGAACGGUAUUGUCAGCAUUUGAAAUUACGUCUUUGUACCUUUUUUCUGGUUGAUACUGAGAUUGAUACAGACUCGGGGGGUCUUUUGUAAGAUUUUGUAAUGGAUGGUUUUGUUUGAGUGUCGAGAGAUUUCUAUGCUGUAUAAAGUAUUUUAAAUAUUUAUACUGAAUCCAUUAUGUGUCUGUCUGGUCCUUUAAAUGCACCUGGUGACUGUCUGGCAUCAAUCUUGCAUGUACACAUUUACUCUGUGAACAUAUGCCGACGUACA